CAACCCCAGAGCAGGUGCGCCUCUCCACAUCCAGCCCCUCCUUGUUCGCGAAAGAAAAACAUUGCCGUGCUUCUAGGGAAGGGACAUCACCUCUCCGCGAUCACUGGGACGUCACGGCUUCCCGAGAGACUUCGAGGAACACAGGCUUCCUAUAUUACCUUACCUCGCGAUGCAAGUGCCACUGAUUCGCCUCCAAUGCGGGGCCAAUUCGUAUGAGUGGGGGAAGAAGGGCAGUUCGUCUGCUGUCGCCAGGUUUGCUGCCGCGACACCGUCUUCCGACUUUACAAUUGAGGAUGAUAGGCCAUACGCCGAGUUGUGGAUGGGCACCCAUCCGUCGAACCCAUCCAAAGACCUUAGCACCGGCCGCACCCUUCUCGAUCUUGUCCAGGACAACAAGGCGCUUUUGUCCCCGUCUGUCGCUGCCCGCUACGACAACAAGGUUCCUUUCCUCUUCAAGGUCUUGUCGAUCAACAAGGCCCUAUCGAUCCAGGCCCAUCCCAACAAGAAGCUAGCCGAGGAGCUCCACCGCAAAGACCCCAAAAACUAUCCCGAUGACAAUCACAAGCCCGAGAUGGCCAUUGCCAUCACUCCCUUUGAGGGUCUCUGCGGCUUCCGGCCACUGGGUGAGAUAGCACACUUCUUGGAGUCGGUUCCCCCGCUGCGUCAGCUUGUGGGUGAUGACAACGCUCGGGAGUUUGCCGGCAUCGUCAGACAGAACAAGGACAAUGAUUCCAAGGAUGCGGUGGAACAGAACAAGAAGGCUUUGCAAAAGAUAUUCGGCGCUCUGAUGUCGUCGUCCGAAGCCGACAUGGCUGCGGCCGCCAAAGUACUCGUCGAGUCUGCGGCGACCGCCGGGGCGGACUUCGCAGCAGGUGGUGUUGCUGCGACUUCUGGGUCAACCCUCGCCGAAUUGGUUCAGCGCCUCCACGGCCAGUUUGGUGCAGACUACGGUCUCUUCGUCCUCUUUUUCCUCAACUUUGUCACGCUACAGCCCGGUGAAGCUCUCUUCCUCCGGGCCGACGACAUUCACGCCUACGUGAGCGGCGACAUUAUCGAGUGCAUGGCGAGCAGCGAUAACGUCGUCCGCGCCGGCUUCACUCCGAAGUUCAAAGACGUCGACACACUCGUCAAUAUGCUGACGUACAGCUACGCCCCGAUCGACGAGCAAAAGAUGGGACCUAGCGACUACCCGUACGCAACGCUCAACCGAACUGGCUACAGCUCUGGGUCUACCAUCUCCUUCUAUGAUCCACCAAUCGAGGAGUUUAGCGUAAUACGAACGAACCUCAAGGAGAGCGGAUCCAAGGCGACGUUUGAUCCGGUGGACGGCCCCAGCAUCAUCAUCUGCACUGCCGGUAAGGGCAAGAUCUCGGUCGGCCCGACGGCCCAGGAGGUCAAGGAGGGGUAUGUAUUCUUUGUCGGGGCGAGCGCAAAAUGCGUGCUCGAGUCGGAGGGGUCGAGCGAGGACGAUGAGUUCAUCACGUUCAAGGCAUUCUGCGAUGUUGAGGAACACCGAGGCGCCUCACUAUAGGCCUGGAGAGCAUCUGCUCCUCCCGAAGACGUGACUUCGGUCAGAUGGAGCUGGAAAAGCGAGGUUAUUUUUCGUUAUAAUAGUUACCAUGAAUGAUGCCAACUGACAGCAGACUUGGCUUGCCUACGCAAAAUAACUUGCGGUCUGCUCCGUCUUUUGGAUCAAUCGUCCAGUGUUCUACCGCGCCAGACAUAUGCAGAUAUCUGAGACCUACCUCCGUUACCGAGGUAAUUAACAUUUAGAUAACUCGGAGCGCUGGCAGGUAUGGUGAACCUGCUACUCCGUCACCUCGCC